GGAGAGAAAUCUAGGCCCCAAGAACUCCCGGCUGGUUAUUUCCUUAAUCAAAAAAGCAGGGAAGAAAAAAAACCCAUGACUAAGGCUGGAAGGAUUACCAAAAACAAGUAUUUUCGCUUUCAAUGGUUAAGUUCUUGGUCUCGUCCUUCUAAGCGAUCAAUAAAUUCUAAAAUGGCUAAUAAUUUCCGAUCGAGCGGGGUCUCUUGCUGG